UGGCACCUUCACUUCGGGCGGAACCUGUCUGCCCGGAACUUGUACCCGCCGUGCAAUUUACAACGGAGGACUGCGUAACAGUACACAAGCUUCUGCUAACCUCCGCUGUAGCUACUAAUAUUGGAAUCAGGGAAUUGGUCAUCAUUUUACUGCCCGAAUGGAGAUUUUCGCCACGUUUGAUGACUCUGUGUUUUUGGAGGCGAAAGACCGAGUCGCUGUGACUUUGUCUUCUUACAACGCGAAAGUGUGCGAGCCGCAAUGGUUCUGUGAUAAAACUGCCCUCAAUACAGAUGAUCCUUUGGAGAAGCAGAAAAUCUAUAAAUUCAGAGGUGACUUGGCCGUGAGACAGGGACAACAUCAGGAAGCCUUGGAUGCGUACAGCAACUGCCAGGAGUGGAUUGCUGACAACAACCUGACCAUCAGAAGAGAUGUGCUGGAGGGAAUGGCCCGAUGCUGCAGCAAACUGGGACAGAGAGACAGGGCGCUGCACUUUGCCGACUUAUUGGGCAAAGAAGCGUCCAACAUCUGUCACAUGACCAGCCUCCUGCUGCUCAAGGUCAGCAUCUACCAGCGUUUUAAGGCGGUAGUAUCAGAGCUGUCCGCUCUGCAGCAGCUGUGUAGCAUGCUGCCCUUUAACCCCUGGCACUGGUACAACCUUGGACAGACGUGUCUGCAGCUGCUGGAGAACUCCCGUACCACAGCAGGACGCUGUGAGUCGGCAGACGAGGAUAAACCGGGGGAGGCAGCAGAGCUCGGUGAGGACAGAAUCUGGCUGAAAGCUUGCAGUGGUUUCAUCAGGACGAGACUCCUGUUGAGAAUCCUGCGACAGCAGCAGUCCUCCUUCGUGUUGCAGCGCACUGAAAGCACUCUACAAACGGCCGACCAAGUGUUGCAGAGGCUGAGUCCCAAGGAAACAACGCUGCAGGCUCUCACUGAGGUGUUGUCAGAGGACCUCAUUCCAGAUAAGAUGAGGGAGGAGUACCAGGACGGGGACAGUCUGGCCAGUGUGCGCGUGCAGAGCUUCAAGGAGCGCUGGUGGGACAGGAUCCUGCUGACUGGCGUGCUGGAGGCCGACGGUCCUUCCCACGGGAUGAACUGAAAAUGUCCCGCAACAGAAGUGCAAACACACAAAAUACACUUCAAAUGCUGAACUGAUGCGGACGAUAUCAGGAAUACCACGGCGAUAAAGACACAUUCUGCUGCUCACUUUAUCUGAGCACUGGGAGAAUCUUGCAGUACAACGCUUCAUCCACUUCAAACUGGAGGGUGUAAUUCAUGACCAAUCAGGGAGGAAACAUCCCAAGAAUGAUUUAAAUACAAAUGUAUAAUACAUACACACCAACAAUGCCUGCUUUGAAAACACCUAUUUUUAUUGUACAUAAGGGAUGGUUCAUCUCUACAGUCUGCCUCCACUAUGAUUUAACAUAAACACGUGCUAUAGUCUAAAUCUUAAUCUUUCUGACUUUUUCUACAUAAUAAACCGUUACUUUUUUAUUCUUUCAACAAUUUC